CAAGAUUCCGAGUGUAAUUUAUGAAGUAAUCUUGGCAACGGGGAGCAGUAACCUCGUACCGAAUUAUUAGGUUAAGUUUUUGAUUCAAGAGAAAAUGUGAGUGAGUUUAUCGAAAAAAAACCCGGAAAAAUGUUAAGAAUAUCGAACAUUUUGUACACGCUGGUCAGAAGAAAAUCGCACUUGGUUCUGGACCACAAACAGUGUGCCACCGUCUUCAAAGUGCCCUACAGUUUCAUUCAAAAUGCCUGUUAUAGCGAUACAAAAGCGAAAUCCCCGCUCGGAAACAUAAUCAACAAGGACGCAAUUGAAAAGGAACACGACUAUGAGGAGGAACAGAGGAAACAGAGGGAGGCCUCUUGGAAAACGAUGAAACGAACAUUGACAGCUUUCGGUGUUACAUUCCUUUGCCUUGGAGGAUACCUGAUCAUCAGUCUGGGAGGACCAGAACUCGAUUCUGAUGGCGACCCAGUUCACGAGGAGGAUUUGAAGGAUAAGCCAAUUUGGCAACAGUAUCUUAUUAGAACAUACAGAGAACUGGAUUAUUACAGAAGACUGAUCAGGGAGCCUUCUAGAGAAAAACUGUUACCAGAUCCACUGGAGUACCCAUACAUCCAACCAAAAUACACUCUAGUCUUAGAAUUAACAGAUGUUUUGGUGCAUCCAGAUUGGACGUACAACACUGGCUGGCGUUUUAAGAAAAGGCCAGGCUUGGAUUAUUUUCUCGAAACACUUCAGGGGCAAUAUGAAAUUGUCAUCUACACUGCCGAACAAGGAAUGACAGUUUUCCCACUGAUGGAGGCUUUAGAUCCAAAGAACAUUAUCUCAUAUAAAUUGGUUAGGGAUGCCACACACUUCUCAGGGGGACAUCACGUUAAAAGUUUAGAUAAACUCAACAGGGAUUUGAGUAAAGUCAUUUGCAUUGACUGGAAUCCUAAGAACGUCAAGUUCAAUCCGGAGAAUUUGUUCAACAUCAAGAGGUGGAAUGGCAACGACCAUGACACGUCACUCAUGGAUUUAGCUUCAUUUUUGAAAACAAUCGCAGACAAUGAUAUUGAGGAUGUUAGGGAGGUUCUGAAGAACUACAGCGAGUACGAAGAUCCGAUCGAAGCUUUCCGCGAGAAACAAAAGAAAUUGAUUGAUCAGCUCGAGGCGCAGGCAGCCGCAAAACGCGAUCAAGACGUUUCAAAAGCCUCGAGGUGGACGCCGAACUUCUUUAACAGAAAACCGUUCUAAAACAUAAAAUGUUAUGCGACUUGCACAUUUUCUUUUAACGCCGGUGCGAGGUUUUGCCGUUUUUACUAUGGUGCAAAUAAGCUGUUUUUUAUUUUUAAAAUUUUAUGUUUUUGUUUAAGUUUAAUUUAAAUACAUGCCUGAUAGUCUUUGUA